AUGAUAAGCAUCUUCUUGCUCAUUUCAGCCUUCCUCCUUGGUGUUGUUGCUGCCGAGAAGUACGUUCAGCGCAUCACCUCUGUCGACUUCAACUGGGACCCCGAGAACCCUCCCAUCUGGACCAUCCGCCCUGAGAAUCGUGAGGAGUUCCUCGCUAGUGGCAACAUCACCACCCUCGCCAAGCGCACCGGCGUGACUCCUUGCGAGGAUCGUCAGAACCCCGCUGUUCUCUACUACCAGUACUACGAGAAGGACUGCCCAGCUCCUAACAAAUUCCAUCCCGAUAGCUACAAGUAUCCUGGUACUUGCAUUGGUUGGGAUCGGUCGUCUUACCCGGAGGAUAAAGCCUGUGGUGCUCUCUGUCAAGUUCGCACCUACUUCGAAUGGGCUCAGGAGAGUCCCUACCCCAUGUCUGAAUGUCACCAUCCCGUCGCAUGCAGCUUGUCUUCGACUGACUCAACUUCCGUUGGAUGGUCGGCUAGUCUCUCUGGCAAGAUCGGAAAGAUGUGGAAGGUUGGUGCUUCUGGAAGCUGGAGCUGGAGCACGAGCACUGCUACUGGACGCUCUUUCAAGGUCACACUGUUGAAGGGUGAGUGCGGUUACUUCACCUUCGUUCCGGUCAAGAAGGUCAUGUGCGGCACGUACUCCUCAGCUGAGACGUACCCGAAUGCCAUCUACGAUUACUACCUAUGCCGCACGGAGAAUGGACCGACUAACACGCUCAAUAUCUGCGACUCCCAACCCUGGUCGAUCAAGAACAGCGGCGAUGCCAGAGACCCCAAUGCCAUGAUUCCCGAUGGCACCGUUCUCUUCGUCUACACCGACUGUCGCACGCGCUUACCCCUGCCAAAGGAGUACCAGGACCCCGUUUACAGUAGCCCGGGCGUAUCUCUCCACCCCGAUACCAUCGACAGCAUCCAACAGGGUUGGGUCUGGAACACGUGUUACUUCUGGGAUAUGAAGGUCAAGGGCGAGCGCGCCGUCUUCAUCCGCGGCUCGGGUUUCAAGGACGAGAAGAUUGGCGACAAUGGCGAGAUCUUGCGCAAGGUUGUCGAAGCCUGUUCCAGCGAGGCUGGCGGCACAUUCAAGAACCACAAGUUUACGUGGUAUGACAAAGGCAAACCGGAUGAUUCGGCUAAGAAGAGCGGUGCUGCGUGGCUCUUUGAGGGCGAUGUGCCCGAGAAGAUUCGACCUGGCUGUAUUGGCGAGGCUCUGAUGGAAAUGGGCGCUGCCACUCAGGAUCAGUGUGUCGGUAACAAGAUGAGGGCGCAAGCAUUCAAUUAG